CACACAGGCGCUGCGGUUGCCGGAAGCAGUUGCGCGGUGGCUGCCGGGAUUGUGGUGAUGUGGCCCCCCCGCUUCCCCCCUCCCCACCCCGGGAUGUCGGAAGAAACCAGGCAGAGCAAAUUGGCUGCGGCCAAGAAAAAGUUGAGAGAAUAUCAGCAGAAGAACAGCCCUGGUGUUCCUGCAGGAGCAAAGAAGAAGAAAAAGAUUAAAAAUGGCAGUAGCCCUGAGAAAACCACCGCCAAUGAUUGUCAGUCACCAGAGGACAUUCAGGACAUUCUGAAGGUGCUGGUGUCCGACCUUAACCGUUCCAAUGGGGUCUCACUCCUUCCAUUAGACAAGAGGAAGGCGCCCACAGACCAUACUGCUCCUGCACCGCCAGCAGCUGCUGAUGACACUAUGUUUCUUGGUGUUGUCCCUUCCCCUGAUGCUGACCUCACUAGCAUGGCAUCGCCUCAGAGCCAUGAUCCUGGCAAUAGCUCUAACCUCACGGAGGAGACCAAGACUUUCUCAUCAACUGAGAGUCUGCGACAACUUUCUCAACAACUCAAUGGUCUUGUGUCUGAGUCUACAUCCUACAUCAACGGGGAGGGCCUCACAUCUUCUAACAUGAAGGAACUGGAGAGCCGGUACCAAGAGCUAGCAGUAGCCCUGGACUCCAGCUAUGUAACAAACAAACAACUCAGUAGCACGAUAGAGGAAUUGAAACAACAGAACCAAGACACUCUGGAUCAACUGGAAAAAGAGAAGAGGGAUUAUCAGCAGAAGCUGGCAAAGGAGCAGGGAGCUCUCAGGGAACAACUGCAGGUUCACAUUCAGACCAUAGGCAUCCUGGUGUCUGAGAAGGCAGAAUUACAGACAGCCCUUGCCCACACUCAGCAAGCAGCCAGGCAGAAAGCAGGAGAGUCAGAGGAUCUUGCCAGCCGCCUGCAGUCUUCCCGACAGCGUGUGGGAGAGCUGGAGCGGACGCUGUCUACUGUGUCAACGCAGCAGAAACAGGUAGACAAGUACAACAAGGACCUAACCAAAGAGCGAGAUGCCCUCAAGCUGGAGCUGUACAAGAACAAUAAAAACAAUGAGGACCUGAGGCAGCAGAACUCAGAGCUGGAAGAGAAACUUCGAGUCUUAGUGGCAGAGAAAGCAGCUGCACAGUCAGGGGUGGAGGAGCUGCAGAAGAAGCUGGAAAUGUCGGAGCUGCUGCUGCAGCAGUUCUCAAGCCAGUCUGAGGCCUCUGAUAGUAACCAGCAGUUACAACAUGCCAUGGAGGAGCGGGCUCAGCUGGAGACCCAUGUGGGCCAGCUGAUGGAGUCGCUGAAACAGCUCCAGGUGGAGAGAGACCAGUAUGCAGAAACCCUGAAAGGGGAGAGUGCCAUGUGGCAGCAGAGGGUGCAGCAAAUGGCAGAGCAGGUGCACACACUGAAGGAGGAGAAGGAGCACAGAGAGACUCAGGUACAAGAGCUGGAGACCAGCUUGGCCGAGCUCAGGAGUCAGAUGGAGGAGCCACCACCCCCACAGCCUCCAGCUGGACCCUCUGAGGUGGAACAGCGGCUGCAGGGAGAAGUUGAGCAACUGCAGAAGGAACUGGAGAAUCUGACAGGACAGCUGAGGGCCCAGGUGCAGGACAAUGAGAGCCUGAGCCACCUGAACCGGGAGCAGGAGGAGCGGCUGCUGGAGCUGGAGCGGGCGGCAGAGCGCUGGAGUGAGCAGACGGAGGAGCGCAAGCAGAUCCUGGAGAGUAUGCAGAGCGACCGCACCACCAUCAGCAGAGCACUGUCACAGAACCGCGAGCUAAAGGAACAGUUGGCUGAGCUGCAGAACGGCUUCGUCAGACUGACCAACGAGAACAUGGAGAUUACCAAUGCACUGCAGUCAGAGCAGCACGUCAAAAAAGAGCUGGCCAAGAAGCUGGGGGAGCUGCAGGAGAGGCUGGGAGACCUGAAGGAGACGGUGGAGCUGAAGAGCCAGGAAGCACAGAGUCUGCAGGAGCAGCGAGACCAGUGCCUGUCCCACCUGCAGCAGUAUGCAGCUGCCUACCAACAACACUUGGCUGCCUAUGAGCAGCUGACCUCUGAGAAGGAGGCAGUGCACAAGCAGCUUUUGCUGCAGACACAGCUCAUGGACCAGUUGCAGCAUGAGGAGGUGCAGAGCAAGAUGGCAGCUGAAAUGGCCCGUCAGGAAUUGCAAAAGACCCAGGAGCGCCUGGAAGCCAGCAGCCAGGAGAACCAGCAGCUCCAGGCCCAGCUGAGCCUCUUGGCUCUCCCUGGGGAAGGAGAUGCAGAGCAGGAGGAGCAGGAGGAGGCUCCUCGGCCUAGUCUCACCAUCCCAGAAGACCUGGACAGUAAAGAGGCCAUGGUGGCUUUCUUUAACACAGCUAUAGCCAGUGCUGAGGAAGAACAGGCCCGACUACGUGUGCAGUUGAGAGAGCAGAAGGCACGUUGCCGAAGCUUGGCUCAUUUAGCCACCCCAGUCCAAAGCAAGAUGGAAAAGGAAGCACUGGUCCCCAGGAAUGUGAGUGACUCUAUGUCUGAGGAGAGCAACCAGGCCCUGCAUGUAGCCAUGGAGAAGCUGCAGAGCCGCUUCUUGGAGGUCAUGCAGGAGAAAGUGGAGCUCAAGGAGAGGGUAGAAGAACUCGAACAUUGCUGUAUCCAGCUCUCUGGAGAGACAGACACCAUUGGAGAGUACAUUGCCCUCUACCAAAACCAGAGGGCAGUGCUGAAGGCCAGGCACUUGGAGAAGGAGGAGUACAUCAGCAGGCUAGCCCAGGACAAGGAGGAGAUGAAGGUAAAGCUGCUAGAGCUGCAGGAGCUGGUGUUGAGGCUUGUGAGUGAGCGCAAUGAAUGGCAGGGCAAAUUCCUGGCAGUCUCUCAGAACCCUGUCGAUGUGCCUACCCCAGUGCCCACAGGCUCCCAGGGAUUUGGAGCUGCUGACCAACACGGUGACCUUAGGGAGGUGAGCCUGGCCGACAGUAUAGAGCCUGCACAAGGAAUGGCUGGGGUACCUGCUCCCCCUGAGAACCCCACUGCACAGCAGAUCAUGCAGCUACUGCGUGAGAUCCAGAACCCCCAGGAGCGUCCAGGCCUGGGCAGCAACCCUUGCAUCCCCUUUUUCUACCGUGCUGAUGAGAAUGACGAAGUGAAAAUCAUGGUUGUCUAAAAGACUGGCAGCCAAAGGUUCUGCCCUAACCCACCCCUCCUCAGUCACCCUUAUCCUUAUAAUAAUAAGGUCAGACGGCACCCCCUCAAGGGGCUGAGGAAGUAGCUCAGUUGGUAGAGCGCUUGUCUGUCAUGCACACAGCUCUGGGUCCCACCCCCAGUGCCUCUCAACUGGGGGUGCUUAGAAUUGGACCGCUUGGAAAGAGCAGGCAGAAGAAUCAGCCACCUUCAUCUACCCUGUAGGUGUGAGGCUGCACUGGGCUACACUGAGACCCUGUCUGAAAAAAAAACUAAAGUCGGACUCCCUAUGUUAAUGUGGUAUACAAACAGGGACAGGCCCUGUGCCCUCUUGGCCAGGGCAAUUUUACUUUCUAAACUCAGUGAUUGAGCAGACUGUCUCUGGGUAGCCUGGUGGCUUCCUGAUCAAGCUGUCUUUAAUUGGAAGGCCUCAUUCCUUACUCAAGACACGGCAGAGCAAUUUGCAGCAUUUUCAUGGCCAUGUGCAGCACAGGCUGGUAGAUGCCAUCUAGCCAUCAGCAAGAGAGCUCCUUUUUCUUACCAUCUUUCAUUUCCUUCCACCCUCCUCCUCCUCUCCAUGCCUUUCUUUGUUUCUUUAGAUAGUGUCUCAUCCCAGGCUAACCCUGAACUCACCACACAUUGACCUUGUGACUCUCCUGCCUCAGCAUUGUGCCUGGUAUUUUGCAGUGCUGAGCAGGCACUCUGCCAGUUGAUUUACUCCUCAGCACUACCUACCUUUUUCUCUUGUGGGAACGCUGGGGUGGAACCCAGGGCCCAGUACAUCCCCAGACCAACUCCCAUCUUCUUAGAGGCACUUUAGGGAGCGGAACUGGGCAGCAUUUCCAUGGGUCCCCAGGCAGUUGGGGUAACUGCCUCCGGAAAGCAUCCCACUUAGGAGGGCUUCCAUCUUUUUAGAGGCACUUUGGGACAGGGAAAGUGGGUACUAUUCUCUCAGGCCUUAUGACAAUUGGAGUAACUGUACGCCAAGCAGGGGGCUCCUGGGGUGGGGAGGGGCUGCCCCUCCCCUGGUGUACAUACUGUACCUGUGUACCAUUUUGUAUAUUCUGGGGUAGGGACACCUUCUGUAUCAUAGUGGAGGUUGGAGCUGGCAAGUGGGGAGGAGAUUCUUCUAAUAAUCACUCGGGGCUGGGAAACUUAUUUAUUGGUAGUGGAGGACAGAGGACAGGAGAUGGAUGGGGUUGUAGCACCCUGCUGAUGCAGCUCCUCUUUAUUUUGCUUUUUACUUGGGAAAUAAAUGGAUUUAGCCAUA